AUGAACAUGGGCAUAGUGGAUGCCGUGCAAAAGGGAAUUCCCCAAGAAUAUAUCGAUAGAUACCUUCGUCCAUUUAUACCUCCCCUCGAUCACGAUAUAUCCAUAGACAACGCACUCAACUCGAGGCGCAACAACGCGGCCGCGUCACCUCCACAAUUCUUGAAAGCCUCCAUCAUGAACUCGUUCGUUGAGCGAUACUCAGCCACCAGUGCGGUUGGUCAGCUCAGAAAGGCGCAGCGUCUAACAGAAGAAGAAGACGAAUUCUCCGAUGCUGCCUGGGGAUCACAAGCUGGUUUGGGGAACAUUAUGAGCGGACCACCCUCAUUUACUGUUCCCAACGUCCCAGAUCCCGCUGCCUUCCUUCGCCUACAUACAGACGACCAUGCUGAUCCAAAUUGCAGAAUCAAGAUUCAGCAUGGUACUACUACUCUCGCGUUCCGAUUCCAGGGUGGUGUGAUCGUUGCGGUCGAUUCUCGAGCCACAGCAGGAAGCUACAUUGCCUCGGGAACGGUGAAGAAGGUCAUUGAAAUCAACCCUUACCUCCUUGGAACGAUGGCUGGUGGUGCUGCCGACUGCCAAUAUUGGGAGACGUACCUCGGAAUGCAUUGCCGACUCCAUGAACUUCGAAACCGUGAACGCAUCUCAGUGUCUGCAGCGAGCAAGUACCUGAGCAAUCUAGUGUACAGCUACAAAGGAAUGGGUCUGAGUAUGGGCACGAUGAUCUGCGGUUGGGACAAGACGGGGCCUGCUGUAUUUUAUGUCGACUCGGACGGCACACGCCUUAAGGGUGACCUAUUCUCUGUUGGUUCUGGAAGCACCUUCGCCUAUGGUGUCCUGGAUCAGGGCUACCGCUGGGACCUUACUGAUGAAGAGGCUCAAGAGCUUGGCAGACGCAGCAUCUACGCUGCCGGCCAUCGCGAUGCCUUCUCCGGGAAUACGUGUAACUUGUAUCACAUCAAGCAAGAUGGCUGGACGUUCAUUGGGAAUUACGAUAUCGCCAAAAUGCACUACGAUGGGCCCGGAGACGUCCCAGGCGCUCCUGGUGGUGGUUAUGGCUACGAUGUCAGGUUGGCUGCUGCCAACUCCACUGAAGUCGCUGCUGCAUAA